GCUGCUGACGUUCCUCCGGCACAGGGGAGCUUGGCUGGAACGGAAAAUGUCCAGAGCUGGAACCAAGGUCACCUUCUAUGAAGACAAGAACUUCCUCGGCCGUUACUACGAGUGUGACAGCGACUGCCCCGAUUUCCACACCUACCUGAGCCGCUGCAACUCCAUCCGUGUGGAUGGAGGCACCUGGGUGGCCUACGAGAGGCCCAACUAUGCUGGGAACAUGUAUGUGCUGACCCAUGGGGAGUAUCCCGACUACCACCACUGGAUGGGCCUCAACGACCGCCUGGGCUCCUGCAAAUACAUCCAGAUCCCGAGCGGAGGCCGAGGCCACAUCCAGGUGUUCGAGAAGGGAGAUUUUGGCGGGCAGAUGUUCGAAGCCACCGAAGACUGCCCCUCCAUCAUGGAGGAGUGGCACAUGCGUGAGGUGCACGCCUGCAGGGUGCUGGAGGGCGUCUGGGUGUUCUACGAGCAUCCCAACUACCGGGGCCGGCAGUACGUGCUGCCCAAGGGGGAGUACCGCAAGCCUGUGGAGUGGGGAGCGGCCAGCCCUGCCGUCCAGUCCUUCCGCAGCAUCUCCGAGUGA